CGAGCACGGGGGGCACGGGCACGGCGGCCGGAGGCGGCGGCCUGCUGCUGCGGGAAGGGGCCGAUGGCAGCGGCAGCAGCAGCAGCGCAGGAGGAGGCGGAUCAGAAGGAGGAGGCGGAUCAGAAGGAGGAGGCGGAGGCGGUGACUGUGUCGGCGACGGGGAUAGCGAAGCCGACGGCGACACUCUGGCCUUCCCCAUGCACACUCUAUGGUGGGUGAUGCCAAUCACAGCCAUGAAGAAAAAGGUACUGUUGAUGGGGAAGAGUGGGUCUGGCAAGACCAGCAUGAGAUCGAUCAUCUUUGCGAAUUAUAUUGCGCGAGAUACCCGCCGCCUUGGUGCCACAAUUGAUGUGGAACAUUCUCAUGUUCGAUUUCUAGGAAACCUGGUACUGAACCUCUGGGACUGUGGUGGCCAGGACACCUUCAUGGAGAACUACUUUACCAGCCAACGGGACAAUAUUUUCCGCAAUGUGGAGGUUCUGAUUUACGUGUUUGACGUGGAGAGCCGGGAGCUGGAGAAGGACAUGCAUUACUACCAGUCAUGCCUAGAGGCCAUCCUUCAGAACUCUCCUGAUGCCAAGAUCUUUUGCCUUGUGCACAAAAUGGAUCUUGUUCAGGAGGAUCAGCGGGACCUGAUUUUUAAGGAACGUGAGGAAGACCUGAGGCGGUUGUCCCGCCCUUUGGAAUGUGCUUGUUUUCGCACAUCUAUCUGGGAUGAAACACUCUAUAAGGCCUGGUCCAGUAUCGUCUAUCAGCUCAUCCCCAACGUUCAGCAGCUGGAAAUGAACCUGAGAAAUUUCGCUCAGAUCAUUGAAGCGGAUGAGGUGCUUCUCUUUGAACGAGCUACUUUUCUGGUAAUCUCCCAUUACCAGUGUAAAGAACAACGUGAUGUCCACAGGUUUGAGAAGAUCAGCAACAUUAUCAAGCAGUUCAAGCUGAGCUGCAGUAAGCUGGCAGCCUCCUUCCAGAGCAUGGAAGUCCGGAACUCUAACUUUGCUGCUUUCAUUGAUAUCUUUACUUCUAACACCUACGUGAUGGUUGUCAUGUCUGAUCCAUCGAUACCUUCUGCAGCCACCCUGAUCAAUAUCCGCAAUGCCAGGAAACAUUUCGAGAAGUUGGAGCGAGUGGAUGGACCAAAGCACAGCCUUCUCAUGCGCUAAAUGUGGUCAUGUGACACUUGGGGAAACGUCGAGAACUCCAUUGUGUUCUUGGUUUGGUCUUGAGUUUUGACAAUUUAGUAUUGCCAUUAUGUAUUCAGGCUUUGAGAUGAAUGCUGCUUGUCACCUCUAUAUUUUUACCCUGUGCUCCCCCCUCUUCAAAGAAAACACACACAUACAUACCCCCCCACCCUGUACACAUACAUGCAUAUAUCUACAGACACUUGUCCAGACCUAUAACACAGUCCCACACAGAUGCACUUUCACAUAUGGAAGGAUACCCAGCAGAGUAUGAAGAUCUUCGUGUAAAAAGAGGGGCUCUUAGGGCACAAGGAAAGGGGACUUGCACAUCAUAUAUUAACAUAGUUCUACUAGUUAUGCAUGCCAAGCCUUUACUUUGGAAUAUACUGCCUCUGAUUAUGAAUGACAUGGAUGGAAUUCUGCUCUUUUAUCAGCAAGAUGCUACAAAGCAUUUCGAAAUCCCUCCUUGUUCUCAAUUAUAAAACAAAAUGUUACUCCUUAGGGAUCCUUAGUUCCCUGCAGCUUGUAAGUGUUUAUCUUUUCAUUAUAUUGUUUGUGUCCUUUUUGCCAUUGGCAAAAACCUACGGGUCUUCAGGAGUUGAUCCCCAAUUUAUUCCUGGAGAAUUCCUGUAUUACCCAUCCAAUGGCAAAUGUGUAUCAGUCUUAUGUUAUCUGUAUUAAUCUUCAGACAAAAUAAAGUACUUAUGGCAAAGAAA